GAGCCGUUUUAUGAUUUAGAUUUUUUAAAAUUUUUUUAAACUGCACAAAAAUGACCACCUCAUCAAUCCGGAGGCAGAUGAAAAACAUUGUAAAUAAUUAUUCGGAAGCGGAGAUCAAAGUCAGGGAAGCCACCUCCAACGACCCGUGGGGUCCUUCGAGCUCCCUCAUGACGGAAAUCGCAGACUUGACCUACAACGUGGUGGCUUUUUCCGAAAUCAUGAGCAUGAUCUGGAAGAGACUCAACGACCACGGCAAGAACUGGAGGCACGUUUACAAAGCUUUGACCUUGUUGGACUAUCUCAUCAAGACCGGCUCCGAGAGGGUGUCCCACCAGUGCAAGGAGAACAUCUUCGCCAUACAGACUCUCAAAGACUUCCAGUAUAUAGACCGGGACUGCAAGGACCAGGGGAUCAACGUACGGGAAAAGUCUAAACAGUUGGUGAGCCUCUUGAAGGAUGAUGAGAGGUUGAAAGGCGAGAGAGCCCAGGCACUUAAGACCAAAGAGCGCAUGGCACAGGUGGCCACUGGGGCGGGGAGCAACAACCAGAUCAAUUUUGGCCGCGGAUCUAGUCAACCUAACUUGUCCACGAGUUACUCGGAACAGGACUACGGGAAGUCAGGUGGCUCUCCAGCGUCGUACCAUGGAUCCACGUCCCCCCAUGCGUCCUCGGAGCUGGAACAGGCCCGACCUCAGACGAGUGGAGAGGAGGAGCUACAGCUGCAGUUGGCGCUCGCCAUGAGCAGAGAGGUGGCAGAGCAGGAGGAUCGAAUCCGUCGAGGUGAUGAUUUGCGGCUCCAGAUGGCCUUGGAGGAGAGUAGGAAACACACCGCCAAAGCGCCAAAAAAGAAAUCGCAGCAUCCGUCGUUGAUGGAUCUAAUAGACGCACUGCCUCCCAGGGCCCCGGGCCCUCCAAAAUCCGAGCCUUGGGCAGCCGUAUCGGUACCGACAUCAAACAGCCAGCCUGAUCCUUGGGGGGCAACCGCUGCCUCUCCCACCUCCAUAGACCCCUGGCAGUCUUUUGUUACGAAGACAUCUGCCACCUCUGACCCUUGGGGAUCGAGCACAGUCUCUUCAACGCAGUCUCUUCCCAAAAGCCAAGACCCCCGGGCCCCCUCGCCUGCCACGGGAGCAGCUAAUUCUACAGCAGACCCCUGGGGACCUGCGCCAGCAACUAAAUCUAGCACAGGAGGUCCGUCCUUUGACCCGUUCAGCAAUUUAAAUGGGACCGCGAAAGAUGAUUUCUCCGAGUUUGACAGCCUGAGGUCUAAAGUAUCAGCAGAUUCCAUAUCGACAUUGCCGUCCUUACGCAGUGGUACCACCAGUCCGGACCUCUUUGACUCCCAGCUGGUGGCCAUGACCACGGGCAAACAGGCCAUCGCUCGCAAAACCCCAGAAUCCUUCCUGGGAUCCAACGCCGCCCUAGUGAACCUGGACACACUGGUGACGAUGCCCACGCCGCCCGCCCCUACGUUUAACCCCUUCUUGGCAUCAGUACAAACUGCUCCAAUAGCUGCUCCCGCUAUCAACCCCUUCCAGGUCAACCAGCCUCAAGCGCUGACCCUAAACCAGCUGCGUUCCAGCCCAAUGAUGGGAGUCGCAUCGUCCUUCAACAACAUGCCCGCUAACGAGGCCUCCAUGCCACUCCCAUUACUCGGCAUGUCAACGCUGCCCGCGGUACCGCCAGCAGGGAUGAACAUAAACAUGGCAGCCACCUUGCCGCAUCACAGCACUGCCAUCCCUCCCUCAAACGCCCAAGCCAUGAAUGCCACCAACCCAUUCUUGCUAUGAAAGCUGAGGGGACCCGCGGACGCGGCAACGUACAAAAUAACACUACAGAACGGAGUCACACCUCCCUGCUGAUGUGUCCUUAACAUCCUCCAGGUCCGUCCUGCAGGGGGAUUAGGCCUGAGUCGACUUCAAGCUAUGGAGGACACGUCCACGAAGUUUCACAACCAAUCAACACGAGACACUCACCAAAGCAAGGCUUCGUCCUCCUGUCUUUUCUUAGGUCGAAAUGUAUCACCCUACUCCUCGCGGUUCAGCGUCUCUUGGUCACCCCGUCUCCAUCGCUCACUCUUUUCCCAGGAUGCUAUGACCGUGUCACACCGAGAUUUUAUGUCAUAUAAUA